UUUCUACAUCAUUUCGCACUUGAUGUUUCUAAGGAAGACGUUGAAACAAAAUAAAUAUUCGAUUAAUAAGUUUUCCUAUUAUUAAAAUCUGUGGAACAAUAGAUCGUAAAAAUGUUGAAGAUUUUCGCAUUUACUUUGAUUCUCUGCGUAGCAACAACUUUGACUUACUCUGCGGUCGUGACGAAAUCAAAUGAAGACGUCAUUUUAGUAAGAUCAGACAGAACUGCUGACCCUCAAACUUAUGGACAUGGACACCAUCGAGAAAGUGAAGACGGAUAUAAUGGUGGUUAUCAUCAUGGUCAUUAUAACGGAAAUCAGAGUGGACAUUAUGGUGGACAUCAUGGUGGUUAUGGUAAAUAAGCUGCGAAUGUUAACGUAUAUAACAUACACAAAAUUGCAAUUAUAAAUAUGUUUAAAAUAUGUAGAGCAACCUGUCAAAUAUAUAAAUUUGGUUGCAUAGAAAAUUAUUUUUAAAUAAACCAACAAAAUAUUUAACAA